AUGAGAAAUAAAGAACUAAUUAAUUAGAAAUAGUAAUCAAAAAGUUAAAAUCUUCCCUGCUCUAAUAAGAUAAUAUCGAGAGAUUUGUUGUCGAAAUGCGAAGAAAAAAUUUAAAUUAUAAUUGAGAAAGACAAACUCAUCAAGCAAUUACAAGAAUAAAUGAAAUCCUUGCAAGCAGAGAACGACCAUGUUCAAAAUACAUUAUCGGAAUUUUAAGAUUUAGAAUUAACUAUAAAUUAAUUAACAUCUUCUUAUAAUUCGAUAGCUCCUAAUAUGGUUGAUUAAUAAACCAUCCUUGAAUAAUGUUUGGAUUAUCUGAGUUCGUUAAGUAAGCUGGUAAAUCCUAUUUUAAAUGGCACAUAGCCUUAACUAUAAGAUCUUUUCAAAACUAAACAAAAAUUUAAACCAAGAUAAAAGUUUUAAAUAACUGAAUUGUGCGAGAAUAAUAUGAGGCAUAUUUAGGAUAUCGAGAAAUAACUAGUACAUAUUCUAGAACUGAUUGAUUAAAAGUUUAUCAAUGAGCUUGCUUAAUAUAUUAAAUGA